AUGUCUCCCAACGGAUCAACUGAUCGGAUGAGCCUUGUUUCGUUGUUGAACCCUGAUUCUCGCUCUGAGUUCCAACUAGCCGAGCAGCGCACGAUGUCUCCUUUCGUGGCCGAUUCUCACCCCGGAGAUAUAGUAACACCGAAUGGACCGUCCGCUCCCUCUAUGCAAGAAAUCCCCCAACUGGGUAUUAGUGGACAUGGAAUCUAUAGCGCUGGCCGAGCACUCAAACCGAAAGACGAGUAA